AUGAAAAGACAAUUUCAAUUCAUAACGUUUGUUUUGAUGACUGUUGGAAGUGAUGUUCUUGCGCAGCUAGAAAUUCGCGCAUGCUGUGGUGGAUUGAACAUUGCUUGUCAAAGUUUCGAAAGGGUUGAAGAUCUUUUCGGAGUUUCGUGUUGUGGAAAUGAGCCGUACAACACGUAUUCCCAUUUGUGCUGCUCAGGAGUUGUUCGUGAAAGAAACCGUGGAGGAAGUUAUGCAGAACUAUGUUGUGGUACAGAAGUCCUUCGAUAUGAUCAAACCUGCUGUAAUGGCGUGGUUCACAAUAUGAUUAAUGGAGAUUGCUGUGGUCAAGCUGUCUAUUCGAAACUAGACAAAACCUAUUUAUGCUGCAAUCAAACACUUGCGAGAACUAUCACGCCUAGCGAUGUUUGCUGUGGAAGUACUGUCUUCGAUGGUGGACGUACUCAAAUCUGUUGUGGAAAUCAAGUGUCCGAGAAGACGAACUUUGACUCUUGCUGUGAGAAGAAUGAUAAGACGCUAGUACCCUUCAAGUCAUCUACUCAUAUGUGUUGCAAUGGGGCUUAUCAAAGGUCGACGAUGGCCUGUUGCUAUCUACGUAUCAAUGGAACAUUAGUGCCAAGUGAAUACAAUCCCAACAACUUGUGCUGUAAGUAUCCUUAUGAACGACUGACUACAAAAACUCCCAAUCAAUCGUGUACUGACUGA